AGCGGAGAGAGAGAGAGGUCGGGGCGGUUGGUUGGGGUGACGGGGGAUUUUGCGAUGCAUCCACGCAUCCACUGCGUCAGGCUAUUUCUUACGUGGCCGUGGACGCUGGGGUUUGUCGAACCCGCCUUAGGAAGCUGAAUGUGGUAGGUGCGGUUUGCACUGCUCCCGGAAGUCUGAUUUUAGGGGCCAAUUUUAAGUGAAUGUGCUUGGGAAAGUGAUUAUGGUUGGAUAAGGGCGCCGAUGGUCGUUGCUGACGGAAUUUUGUGGAAUUAGUAAGUUGAUUAGAUGGAAAUCGGGUAGCUAGCGAAGAUAAUGGCGAAUAGAGGUUUAUCGUGGCUUGACAAUUGGGGCGUUUGAUUGCGAUCAAUAAGAGGGAGAGAGCAGAUUUUCCAUGGGCAUUUUGGCAGUUACUUUUUGGUUCAAGUGACAUAUUUUUGAUGCACUGCCUGGAGGUAUUUCUUGGUAAAAUUUCUCGCUAGUUAAACGACUAGACGUUUAGAUGUAGGGAUUUUCUAGUUUGUGUUCUCGCAUAGUUUUGGUGGGUUGCGAACAGCUCUGUAUCUUUUAGGGUAUGUUAUGUGUCUGGUUCAGUUGGCUUAAAUUACCGUGUAUUAAUUCGGUGUUUCUUAGUUCACCUGUUUUCGUGCUAUUGUGGAUGUGAUUCCCUCUACUUCCUCUUCCUUAAAAUUGAUCAAUUAUGCGCAAUGGGAAUCAAUUUUCGUUUUUUUGUGGCUCAUUUCGGCGUCACCUAUUAUGGCUUCCUGGAAGUCUAAUUAUUAACACAAGAAAUUAAAAUUUGACCUUUGGACGCAGUCACUUUUCCGGUUGCCAAACAGUUUAAUGUCCAUAGUUUGUUUUGGCAAUAUACUGUGUGUGCGUGUGCGUGUGUGUGUGUGUGUGCGUUAUUUUUGUGCCACAUUUGAGAUGGAAGCCUUAUCUUUAUUCUGUUGCUUGAACUGUAGAUGAUAUGUUCUUUGUAAUCCUGUACUUGCAAAUGACAAAUUGCUGGACAUGCGCGCUGCAAAUAACUAAGGCGAAGGUUACUGAAUAAGAAUUCCCGGGCAUUUCUAAGUACAGUGGAGACGUAGAAAGUAACUGGAAGAUCGGCUUAGGGUGGACGUCAGUUGUUUAUUUAGUUGUUUUUAUGUCUUAGAAUUUGGCUAAAGUGAAAGCCCCAAACUUCUGAGUCGUUUUGUUACCUAUUUAUUGAUAGUCUUGGUCGGGAUUAGAGCAGUUGGAAGGGAGUGAAUUUUCAAUCGUCCAUCGCAGUUUUAGGAAUAAAAUGGCGUCUUAUUCACGGUCUUUGACUCCGUCUAGGCAGCCACCAGGCAUGGACAGUGCUGCAAUUGCUAGAGCUCAACAGCAACAUCGAGCAAAUAACAUGCAGCAACAACUUCGGGCUCCACCUCCGUUGCAACCUACUUCAUGCCCCGUAGCCAUUCUUUGGGAUAUCGAAAAUUGUCCCGUUCCAGGGGAAGUAAACGCUGAGGAUGUUGCAGGCAACAUCAGGAUUGCUUUGCGGGAGCAUCCUCAUGUCGGAGCUGUUACAAUGUUCUCUGCAUAUGGUGAUUUUAAUCACUUUCCAAGGAAGGUUCGCGAAGGAUGCCAAAGAACAGGCGUUAAUUUGAUCGACGUGCCGAAUGGUAAGAAGGAUGCUGCUGAUAAGGCUAUCUUGGUGGAUAUGUUCUUAUUUGCACUUGACAAUCCGCCUCCAUCAACCAUUUUCCUCAUCACAGGGGAUGUGGACUUCGCUCCUGCCUUGCAUAAGCUCGGUCAGCGUGGAUAUGUGGUGGUUCUCGUCAUUCCGGAUGGAGUGGGGGUCUCUUCAGCUUUGAGGGGUGCUGGUCGCUUUGUGUACGAUUGGCCGUGUCUGUGUCGUGGGGAAGGAUUGCAAAAUCCUCAGAGACAAGGUCGACAGUUCAAUAACCUGUGUCCUGUGGACGAUCGCAACCAGGGUCGAGUGCCGACUAGUAUCUACACAGACGUAGAUCGAAUACCUGUAAGUCAGUUUCAGGACUCUUACCCAGAGUACAUGAGACCCCUUUACACAGAAGAAUCAGAUCCUCGCAUUGACGAUGAUGUGUAUGGAGAAGAUAUAUUGGCUUGGGGAGGUAUAACGAAUCCUAUAUACAAUGUACAACCUGUGGAUUAUGGGCAUCAGCAAUAUGUAAUGCCCGGACAGGUGCAACCUCAAGGACCAAGGAUUUCAGGUUAUCGCACCUCACAUUCUGCUUCUUCGGGACAAUUGAGGAAUCAAGUUUCUGGGGGAUUUGUGGAUAGCAGGGGCAGGUCUGGCAUUUCUUCUUCUGACAGUGGAAUGCAACCAGGAGAGUCUGAAGAGCCCACCAGCCCUGGCGGAAGUCAACCCUUAUGGGUUCAGCCAGGUGAUUUGACAGGAUUGAAGAGGCAGCUUGUGCAGCUUCUAAACCUGAAUGGCGGGCAGAUGAUGCUCUCUAAGGUGCCUGCUGAGUAUAACAAGCUUUUUGGACGACCUCUCUAUCUGUCUGAAUACAAUGCACAGAGACUAGUUCAUCUCAUAGACAAGAUGAAGGAUGCCUUACUCAUUAAAGGAGACGGCACAAAUAAGACCUUGCAUGUGUUGAAGAAGGAAGCGGGCCGUGUCACCAACAAGUACAAACCUUCCAGCAAUCGAGCUUCUGCUCCUAAAGGCGACAAAGACAAGGAUACGAGUGAAGAUUCCGAACCUGAAGGGUCCGUGCCUCCUAGCAAGGAACUUGAGAAGGAUGUAGCCAAAAUAGAGUUUGCAACUGAUGUUUUGAGCAAAACUAGUUUGCUUGAAGUGGAUAAGGUUACAGAGAAGGUUCCAUUUUCUGAACCUGUUGAAGCCAAGAGGUAUCUGCUUGGUAUGGAUAUGGACGAGAAUAUGGAUGAGACAAUCGUAGUUCAAUCUUCGGACUGGAUUCCUGUACCAGUUGAUGUCAAGAAUAAUGUUGAUGCAAGAAAAUAUGAGCCUGUUGUCGAUGUUGAAGAGGAUCAAAUUAAGGUGGAAGACUUCAUAACUCCAGAUGUUAAUUUGACACAUCAGACAAACCUGCAAACUUUUAGGCGACAGCUGCAGGAACUUCUAGUUGUGUAUUCCUACCAGAUUCCUUAUGAGAAUUUUAUCAGAGUGUACCAACAACGCUAUGCCCGGACGCUCGACCUUUCAUCUUUUGGAGUGGAAAGUGUAAAUUCACUCCUCGCAAAGGUGAAGGAUGUGGCCGUUAUCAAGGAUGUUAGAGGCAAUUUUUUUUUAACGGCUGUGUGAAGUCAUGAACAAAUUGGAUGGUAACGUGCGAUUUCAGAAGAUGUUCCCGAAAAAAUCAUGUUUAUCCGAGGAAGCGGCUUCUGAGCGUUGAAACUACUUUCUGUUUAUAGGCGGCGAAGGAAAAUGCUGAAGGCAAUGGGAAAACGGAAAAGAAGGGAAAAGUGAAAAAGUAGAAAAGGGGGGAAUUGAGCAUUUUUUUAUUGAUUAUUUUUGGGUUUUUAAAAAAUUUGUUUCUUC